GACCUUGACCCAAGCAUGCAGGCCCCACCCUGCAGCCUCCCAGCUGGGCUCAGCCUGGACGACUUCAUCCCUGGCCACCUCCGGGCCCACGUAGGGUCAUCUUCCCAGGGGUCACGGGUGCCUGUGAUCCGGAAUGGUGGCUCCAACACCCUUAAUUUCCAGUUCCAUGACCCCGCGCCCAGGACCGUGUGCAAUGGGUACCUCCCACCAAGGAGAGAUGCUUCCCGGCACCCAGACCCCGCUUGGUAUCAGACCUGGCCAGGCCCUGGGAACCGGCCCUCAGGGACCCAGAAGACCCCCACCUCCCAGCAUCCCCAGAACUGGUCAGCCACAUGGACCAAGGACAGCAAACGCCAGGACAAGCGCUGGGUCAAGUAUGAGGGAAUCGGGCCUGUGGAUGAAAGCGGCAUGCCUAUUGCCCCCCGAUCCAGUGUUGACAGCCCCAGGGACUGGUACCGGAGAAUGUUCCAGCAGAUUCACCGGAAAAUGCCAGAACUGCAGCUGGACUGGACCUUUGAGGAAGCACCCAAAGACUCAAGGAACCCCGGGCCCCAGCAAAGACCUGCCUCCAGGCCGGGCCAGGCCUCCUCUCUGAGUGGAAGAAGCUGGGACCUCUCUGAAGAGUUUUCUAGAAACACUUCCAACUGUAAUCCUGGAACAUUCUCUUCCCUGCCCCAGACCCCAAAUCAGGUGCCCAGACGCCGAGAAAAAGUGGACAAUGUCUGGACAGAAGAAUCUUGGAACCAAUUUCUGCAAGAACUAGAGACUGGGCAGAAGCCCAAGAAACCGCUGGUGGAUGACCCUGUUGAGAAGCCCUCCCAGCCCAUUGAGGUCCUGCUGGAGAGAGAGCUGGCUAAGCUGAGCGCCGAGCUGGACAAAGACCUGCGGGCCAUCGAGACCCGUCAACUAUCCCCUAAGGUACCGGCCUCCCAGCCCCCUCCUAGGGGACGCUGGGCCCCGGAGCCCGCAGCCGCCGUGCUUGGCCCGGCCUCGGCCUGGAGCCCCAGCUCCCCGAAUGCACUUUACCGGGGUUCCUCCCGGACCCUGAGCCCCCACAGAAUGGCGGAUGGCGGAAGCCCCUUCCUAGGUCGCAGAGACUUUGUCUACCCUUCCUCAACCAGAGACCCUAGUGCCUCUGAACGAGGGGUCAGCCCUGCCAGGAAGGAAGAGAAGAAGAAGAAGGCUGCCAGGCUCAAGUUUGACUUCCAAGCACAGUCCCCCAAGGAGCUGACUCUGAAGAAGGGUGACAUCGUUUACAUCCACAAGGAGGUGGACAAGAACUGGCUGGAGGGGGAACACCAUGGCAGGCUGGGCAUCUUCCCUGCUAAUUAUGUGGAGAUGCUGCCUGCAGAUGAGAUCCCCAAGCCCCUCAAGCCCCCGACCUACCAAGUGCUGGAGUAUGGAGAAGCUGUGGCCCAGUACAAUUUCAAGGGGGACCUGGAGGUGGAGCUGUCCUUCCGGAAGGGGGAGCGCAUCUGCCUCAUCCGCAAGGUGAACGAGAACUGGUACGAGGGGCGCAUCUCGGGCACAGGGCGCCAGGGCAUCUUCCCAGCCACCUAUGUGCAGGUGUGCCGUGAGCCCCGGCUCCGGGUCUGCGACGAAGGCCCCCAGCUCCCUGCGUCUCCCCGUCUGACGUCCACCCGUCCGGCUGCCCAUCACCCCAGCUCCCCGUUAACGCCGCACGGCUCAGCAGACCCCACGGACUGGGGGGGCCGGACCUCCCCCCGCCGCACUGGCUUCUCCUACCCCACCCAGGAGCCCAGAUCUCAGACCCAGAAUCUCAGCACCCCUGGGUCAGCUCUAUCCCAUCCUGGAGGCACCAGCCGUCUCCUGGACAUGGGGACCUCCUCCCCCAACACCACUCAGAUACACUGGACCCCGUACCGGGCGAUGUACCAGUACAGGCCCCAGAACGAGGAUGAGCUGGAGUUGCGGGAGGGGGACAGAGUGGACGUCAUGCAGCGGUGUGACGAUGGCUGGUUUGUGGGUGUCUCCCGGAGGACUCAGAAAUUUGGGACGUUCCCUGGAAAUUACGUAGCCCCGGUGUGAGUGGUCUCGGUGGCAACUCAGAGCCCAGCCAGGAUGGAGUGGGGAGCAGUAGCACUUCCCGGAGGGAGAGAGGACCGACGCCCUCUCUCCCAGGACCUGGCUGCUGGCAUCUGCAGACAACCCAGCAGCCUUUCCCCCGGAGCCCCUUCGAAGCCCCCUGGACUGAUUCCCACCAACAGCUCACAGCCUUCCUCUCACAGCCCUUUUAUUUCCUCCCUACCCUACUCCCCAAAUAUAGAGGUCUGCUUUGAAGUGGAGACGUUUCCAGGCCUGAUUGAGACCAGAACCCCCGCGUUUCCCCCACCCCUGCUACAGUGUUUCCUCUAACAGGGACUGGCUCCCAGCUUUACCCCCAUGGGGUUCCUCUAACAAGGACCAGCUUCCUAACCUAAUCAAGACCAAAGGCUGUGCCUGGGGGGAUUCCUCCCCUUUCACUCCAGCUUUCCUGCUGCCCCCUUUGCCUUCCUGCUUCCAGCUGGGCCUGGGAGUGAGGUGGGGGAUGGACAUAGCACCUCCUGAGCAUUGGAGGCCUGGCAAGAGGUCUUGCCAGAAGGCCCCCUCUUCACAAAGGCUGCCAAGCCCGAGCCUGGACUGUGCAUUCGUCCUGCUGCUGUAGUGCCCAGGAAGGGGGUGCCUCAGAGGCCCGGCCUGUCCCAAAUGUUUUCCAGGGAGACCGAUGCGUGCUGUCCUCCUGCCUCCCCAGCUCCUCCCAACCCCCAAGUCCCCCCUGGAAGAGAAUGUAAAAUAAAUCUGGAUACCAGGGC